UACUGAGAAGAAAUUUAGUUAAUUCGAUAUGGUUAAAGAACUUUGUUCAUUUAUAUUGUUACUUUUACUUAUUGUCAGCGGUUUUACCACUGGACUAAGUACGAGAGAAAAAAAUGCAUGUCCUCGGUACAUAAGACGAAUGAAGCCAGAUGGACAGUACCAUAGAGUAUUGGAAAUGACAUGUUGUCCUGAUUAUAUGGAAGUGGACAAUCGGUGUAUAGCGUGUCCUGCAGGCCAUUUUGGGCAGAACUGUAGUGUUCCAUGUCUUUCCGGUAAAUAUGGACAACAAUGCAAAUUGACAUGUAAUUGUUCACGUGACCGAUGCGACCCAAAGACUGGUUGUAAGUGUAAAGCAGGGUUUAUUGGAGCGCACUGUAAUAAGGAGUGUCUAGAUGGAUAUUACGGAAUGGAUUGCCAAUCUAUUUGUAAAUGUUCAGAAAACUCUGACUGCGAUCAUGAGACAGGCCAUUGUAGUUGUCACAUAGGUUAUGAAGGCAGAUUUUGUCAUGACAUUUGUCGUGAUCAAUUUUACGGACAGGAUUGCUCACUUAAUUGUAGUUGUCCAAAUCAGGUACCUUGUCAUCACGUGAGCGGACAUUGCUUAUGCCCAAAGGGUUUCAAGGGAGAAAACUGUGAUGAAAGAUGCCCGAUGGGUACAUUUGGCGGAAACUGUCUUGGUACAUGCAAUUGUGUAGAAGGAACAUGUGAUCCAAAGGACGGAAAAUGCAUUUGUAACCCGGGUUAUUCCGGUAGAUUGUGCAAUAAAAAUUGUCCACAAAACUCGUUUGGCAUUGGAUGUAAUUCAACCUGCACUUGUGACACCAAUUCAAGAUGUCAUCCUGUUACUGGGGAAUGCUUGUGUCAGCCUGGGUUUUACGGAAAAGACUGCAGGAAAAAAUGCAGUCCAGGAUCCUAUGGGCCUGGCUGUAUAUACAAAUGUAAAUGUUCCAGAACGUCAGUAUGCAACAUACAGACUGGUGAGUGCACUUGUGAUAGAGGAUGGACCGGGGUAAAUUGUGACCACAAAUGUUCCUCUAUUUACUACGGUGCUGGAUGUCUUCACCGCUGUGGCUGUUUAGACAAUCAACAUUGUCAUCACGUUACUGGUGACUGUCAAUGUGAGGCAGGGAAAAAGGGGUUGAACUGCAAUGAAACAUGUGAUGCUGGUACUUAUGGGAUCGACUGUGCAGACAAAUGUAGCUGUCAACAUUGCAGCUCAGUUGAUGGAGUUUGUCAACAAAUGCACGCCAGUAAUGAUGAUAAAACAACGGUAGGAAUAUCAGUCGGUAUAGUUGUGGGAAUUCUUGUUUUGGUAGGAUGCCUUUUGAUUAUUAUCGUUUUGAAACGCCGAAAAAGUAUGACAGCUGGACAGGAACUACAGAAGAUGAAGAGGGAUGAUAUGAGUAGUAAUCAUUACGAAGACAUUAAUGACUACGCUGAAAUACCUGAUUCAAAAUUACUACCGAAUUAUCCUUACAGCUAUGCCGAUUCCACUGAUGUUAAACCGCCCAUCAAAGAUAGACAACCGACAACAAAGAGAACACGGAAUCUUUACUUGUCUCUCACUGAUGCACAGAGAUUCAGUAAAGUCUCAGUCUCAAGUGGGGAUAUAAAGAGUCAUGGUGGUAGUCCGGACGACUAUUUGAAUCCAUAUACAGGAUUAAUAAGAGAUGUCAAAUGUGCUAGUUAUCAAGAAAUCAACCGAGACACAAAAGAACGCAAAUCAAGCAAUGAGAGUGAUCAGUCUGAAUCUGGAUAUGUGAAACCUUCGUCAGGAACUGCAAAGACAAAAGAUAGCAACAACAGACAUUGCAAUGACUACAUAGAUGCACAAUCGUCUAUUAGAUACAGCAAUAGUAGCAACAUAAACAGAAUUACCAAGAAAAGCAGAAACGACAGCAACAGCAGCAUCCAGUCUGGAUACUUGAAGAUGAACCCAAGUCUGAAGAUGAAAGCAGAAACUGAAGGUGACAAAAACACAAGGGAAAUGGAUGACAAUGGUAGUCUUAACAGUGUAUUUCUUCCAAAGAUUACAAUAAGCAGUCAAAAUGGUUCUACAGAGACCCUGAAUAUAAGAAGCGAUGACUGUCGCGGAAAUUAUUAUUUCAUUGUAUCUAAUGCGGAGAAGAAUUGUAUUAAAUUCGUUAUGGUUAAAGAUCUUUGUUCAUUCAUAUUACUACUUUCACUGAUUGUUAGCGAUUUGACCACUGGACUGAGUACUACAGAGAAAAAUGCAUGUCCUCGGUAUAUAAGAAUACAAAAGCCAGAUGGACAGUACCAUAAAGUCUUGGAAAUGACAUGUUGUCCUAAUUUUAUGGAAGUGGACAAUCGGUGUUUAGCGUGCCCUGCAGGCCAAUUUGGACAGAACUGUAGUGUGCCAUGUCUUCCCGGUAGAUAUGGACAACAAUGUAAAUUGGAGUGUAAUUGUUCAACUGAACGAUGCGACCCAAAGAAUGGUUGUAAGUGUAAAGCAGGGUAUACUGGAACAAACUGCGAUAAGGUUUGUCCAGACGGAUAUUAUGGAAUGGAUUGUAAAUAUAUAUGUGAUUGUUCAGAGAACUCUGACUGCGAUCCCGAGACUGGCCUUUGUAAUUGUCACAUAGGCUAUGAAGGCAGAACUUGUAAUGAAAAUUGUCGUGAUCACUUUUAUGGACAGAAUUGCUCACAUCGUUGUAGUUGUCCAAAUCAACAACCUUGUCAUCAUGUGCGUGGUCAUUGUUUGUGUCCAAAGGGUUUCAAGGGAGAACAUUGUAAGGAAAAAUGCCCGGUGGGUACAUUUGGUGGAAACUGUGUUAGUAUAUGCAGUUGUGUAGAAGGAACAUGUGAUCCAAAAGACGGAAAAUGCUCUUGUAAUCCGGGUUAUUCCGGUAGAUUCUGCAAUGAAAAUUGUCCACAGAACUCAUUUGGUGAUGGAUGUAAUUCUACCUGCACUUGUGACAACCUCUCAAGAUGUCAUCCUGUUACUGGGGAAUGCUUGUGUGAGCCGGGGUUUAACGGAAAAGAUUGCAGCAAAAAAUGCAGUGCAGGAUUAUAUGGCCCUGGUUGUAUAUACAAUUGUAAAUGUUCCAGAACAUCAGCAUGUAAUUCAAAAACUGGAAAGUGCACAUGUGAUAGAGGAUGGAUAGGAGAAUAUUGUGAUCACAAAUGUGUAUUUGGCUUCUAUGGUAUUGGGUGUGUUAACCGAUGCAGUUGUUCGGCCAAUCAUCAAUGUCAUCACAUGACAGGUGAUUGUCAUUGUGAACCAGGAAAACAAGGAUCGCACUGUAAUGAAACAUGUGACGCUGGUAAAUAUGGAAUUGCCUGCUUAAAGAUAUGCAGUUGUCAAAAUUGCAAUCCAGUAGACGGUGUCUGUCAACAAUUGCACAUUGAUAAUGACGAGAAAGCAACAGUAGGGAUGGCAGUUGGUAUAGUGGUUGGAAUUCUGGUUUUGGUUGGAAGCCUUUUGCUUAUUAUCGUUUUGAAGCGCCGAAAAAAUAGUAGAGCUAAGCAACAACUACUUCAGAAGAAGAGGGGAGAAGUAAGCAGUAACCAUUACGAAGACAUUGAUGACUACGCUGAAAUACCUGAUUCAAAGUUACUACCGAAUUAUCCUUACAGCUAUGCCGAUUCCAUUGAUGUUAAACCGCCAAUCAAAGAGAGACAACCGACGACGAAGAGAAAAACGAAUCAUUACUUGUCUCUUACUGAUGCACAGAGACUAAGUAAGCUCUCAGCUACAAGUGGGGACAUGAAGAGUCAUGGCGGUAGUACGGACUAUUUGAAUCCGUAUACAGGAUUACUAAAAGAUGCCAAAUGUGCCAGCUAUCAAGACAUCUCCAAAGAAACAAAAGAACGGAAAUCAAGCAGUGAGAGUAUUCAAUCUGAAUCCGGAUAUGUGAAACUUUCAUCGGGAACAACGAAGACGAAAGAUAGCAAUAAAAGGCAAUGCAAUGACUACACAGAUGAACUACCUUCUAUCAGAUACAGCAAUGGUAGUGACCUUGACAGAAUUACCAAGGAAUCCAGAAACGACAGUAGGAGCAGCAUCCAGUCUGGAUACUUGAAGAUGAAUUUGAGUCUGAAAAAGAAAUCUGAAACUGAAGCCGACAAGAGCACACGGAACAUGGACGACAAAGGUAGUCAGAACAGUGCAUGUCUUCCAAAGAUUACAAUAAGCAGUCACAAUGGUGAUACCGAGACUUUAAACAUCAAAAACCAAUGACUGAACUAAUUUGUAAUAACAUUUAUUACAAUACAUGUAUAGACAAACAUUGAGUUUCACUGCCGUUUUCUGUACAUUCUUGUAAAAUAAAUGUAUACUAGUAAUGUAAAAAGUUUUAGAAUAUUCUAUUAAAUGUUGUAAAAAAAACUAAAAUUUUGACAUUCUCAUGCACACCUUAAAGUUAUUUGAUUUAUAUUUUUUUUUAAAAUACAAUCAGACGAAAUAAAACCAUAACAAGGCUUGCAUUAGCAUCAUUUAAAGAUAAAACAAAGUUAAAAAAACAGAAAUAAAAAUGAAUUUAAACGAGAAUUAUAGUUUAUAAACGAAAGAAUUAAUUUAAACACAUAUCAGUUCUUAUGCAAGUGAGAGGUUUAGCUAGCUACAAAACCAGGUUAAAUUAUUUUUUUUACAUAAGAAAUGCCUCUACCAAGUCAGGAAUAUGAGAGUUGUUUUCCACUCGUUUGAUGUGUUUGAGCUUUUGGUUUUGCCAUUUUUUAAAGAACUUUCCGUUUUGAACUUUCCUUGGAGCUCGGUAGUUUUUGUUAUUUUACUUUUUAUGCAUAAAGAUAAAAUCGAUCAAAGUCCAUAAAGUGCUUUAAAGGACUUAAACUUUCACAUGACCUUAAUCAUUGCUGUGAAAUAGUCCUGUUGAUUAAUUAAUAUUAAACCAUUGUGGUGACGUCAGCCUAUUCAUUUACCGUGGAUUCUUUUUCUAGAAUCAACGCUUCCUGAAUCUGCCGCUGAAAUUGACCACAUUAUAUUCAAAUGUUUCCUUUGUGUGCCUAAUUUCAUUAAGUUUGAAUUGGCUAAUUUACUGAUUUCUGUUCACUAAUGGAAUUAAUUUCAAAACUUACCUUUAAUUUUUGUAAUUUUUAUAUGCCUUCACUGGGAAUCGAACCCUUCCUUGAAAUCUCUUAUGUGUGACUGACAUCAACACAUAGACGAAACCUCUCGGUUACCAGUGGAUAAUGGGUUACACUAUAGAUGUCUAUUUUAUAUAUUUAAAUGAACAUCUGAUAAACAUCGGUUCAUCGGACACACAGGGCUUGUACCUUUAUAUAGACACAAUAGGCAGUCGCAUAGUAUGAGUUGGUAGCCGCGAGGUUAGCAUGGUUAAAAUCAAUGAGUUAAAGAUGGGGAUUUGUCGGUUUAGGUUCGAAUCCCUGUAUUCUCUCUGUUGUUCCAAUUCUUAAUAUAUCCUGGUUUUUUUUUCUAAUUUUGCAUGUUAUAGUGGAUAUUUUUGUAAUAAUAGCGAGUUUUACCGGUUUUUUUUAAUUAUUAUUGGCUAUUUCACAUGUUUGAAACAAAAAAUGAUUACAUUCUAUUUGUCAAUUUUUGUUUUAUAAAUAUAGUAUGAUUUCAUCUGUUUUACUACAUAAUUUUACAAAGGUUUGUUCGCAAAUUCCUAUGCGAGAAAAUCGUGAUGUGCCUAGAGUGCUAGAAAAAUUUCGAUAACAUACUUAUUAUAUAUACUUUAUAUAUGCUUUUUGGUCGGGUUGUUGUCUCUUUGACACGUUCCCCAUUUCCAUUUUCAAUUUUAUUAGAAAUAAUUUCGAAUAUGUCUUAUUUUGUAUAAACAGAUAAUAUUCAUAUGCCUGGUAAUAUAAAGAUCUUUAAAGGUAGAAGUGUUACAUUUGUAUUUUGUUAACCAAUUAAUUGUGAUCUGAGAUUUAUCAAUGCAUCGUUGGACACGAUAACAUGGUUAUUUAAACUCACUUACAAUACCUUCUAAUUAAGAAAAGGCUUUAAUUUUGAAAAGAAAUUAACACAAUAGUUUAAGUUAUAGAUACAAUGGAUAAGCGUAGAUUCAUGAAAAACAAACCAUUCGCCCUCCGGGCUCAUGGUUUCUUUUUCAAGAAUCCACGCUUAUCCAUUGUAUCUAUAUAACAUACAUGAAAGGAGCAGCAACAAACAAAUUGUUGUUCAAUCUUUAGUUUUCUGUUUAACUUUUGUUUUUCUGAUUUCGUUUGGUCAUGUUGGUGUUGUUAAUCGCACUUUUACGUAUGUUUUUUGUUUAUCCCCAUGACUUGACAAGUUAUGUACAAAAUUGAUGGUGACUAACAAAUAUCUGUUUUGAAUUUCCUAAUAGACGAACAUCGACAAGGAUAUGGGCAAAUUAAACUAGCUAUUUGAGCAGUUCACCUCCCUGUGUACUGAAACAACCAAGGAUAAACCGAAGCAAACACUAAAAUCAACUACAAAUAGAAUGAUCCACCUCUUCCUAUACACACAAACACACAUUUUCUAUAACAUCAUUGGUUUUCCGACUAAAAAAACAACGGGGAUUUCAAAUGCUUGCACUUACCAAAACAAGAAUUUUAAAGGUAUGUUUUUGUAAGCCAAAUGCCAUUGAAACAACUCUCGUACGCACUUAAAAUCAUUAGUAAAUACCUAUAUUGUAUGUUUGCGCUAGCUUCGUAAAUCUACCUGUUUAUACACUUUACGUUGGCAGAAUACAAUAAUAGUUUCAACCCAGCAGUUUUUCCAAUUGAUUUUUUUUUUGCCUAAAAUUCAAACCUGUACUCGUACAUAUAUAUAUAUAUAUUCAGUUUUUGUUAUUUUGUAAUAAAGAAAAAUAAAUGGU